AUGGUGGCCGUGGUAUCCAAGGUGCUCGAUGACGACGACCUUCUCGCCGAGAUCCUCCUCCACGUCGUGUUCCCCACCACCCUCGUCCGUGCCGCCCUCGUCUGCAAGCGUUGGUACCACCAUGCCUCUGACCGCCAGUUCCUCCGCCGGUUCCGCAAACUCCACCCGCCCUGCCUCCUUGGCUUCUAUGUUGUUUUCAUGGGUGCACGCUUCAUACCGAUGCAGUCUCAACUACCAGAGCUCGCUUCCGUCAUCCGCCACGUUCCGAGCUACAGUUCUGGCUACUGGAUCGACUUUAAGGACUGCCGGAAUGGCAUCAUCUUAACCAGAGACCGGAAACAAGGAGUAUUGACAUAUAAAAUGGAAAGCCCGUUGUGCCCCAAGAGAGGAAUGCCCAUUGUCCCACUACCACCAAGCACCCAGGGCCCUGUUCAUAUUUUCAGUGAAAUCCUCUCCAAAGAAGAAGGUGAUGGUCUGUCCUAUUUUUAUCUGUUGGUGGAGCUUACCAAGGAGAAAAAGAUCAUGGUGCACGUAUAUAUGUUGCAAGAUGGUGUCUGGUGCAUACUUACAUCGGCCACAAACCAGCUCCAUUAUUAUCCGCUGCGAAGGCCAAACCCUGUUCUUGUAGACAAUAAAAUCUAUAUGGGAGCUAGUAACAACAUUCUUGUCUUGGAUUUGAGUGCCUCAACUUUCUCCGCGAUUCACCUCCCACAAGGAGUGGAGUAUGCAUCUUCAGAAAUCAAGUUGUCACGUACCGAUGAUGCUUCCGGUGUAUAUCUCAUCCAUUUGCGUCCCAAGGAGUUUCAACUUUGCGUAUGGCUCCAUAAGGAAGAGAACUGGCUGCUGCUGGAUACCAUAUAUUUGUAUGAGAUGCGUGCUAUUUCAGGGAAGAUAGAUCGCCUGUAUGUGCAUAUAAGGCAGGUGGGAGACAAUGCUCAGUUUGUAUUUUUACAGAUUUCUCAAUACGUAUUCUACUUGGAUAUCAAGUGCAGAACACUGCGUAAAGUGUAUGAGAUGACAGUCGAUGAACAAAGUUAUGUUGACAUCCAUCCUUUUAUGAUGAUCUGGCCUCCCAUAUUCCCUGCCCUCAAGGAUGAUCCUGCAAGGUUUGCCUUUGGCCUUUAG